AUGCAAUCCGAUGCUUUCCAAUGGAGAAAGUCAGAGAAUCGUUUGCUGAGUUCCUACUAUAGAGAGUGGUGGUUUUUUGCCACCUAUGAUCCCAAGGCAGAUGUUGGCUUCUGUAUGGGAUACAAUGUACAAGAUCCGCUCAGAACAUUCAACAAGGAAAGAUCAUCAAUGGCUGGAAUGAUAUGGCCAUCUGUCCAGAAACAGCAGAAGGUCAUUGAUGUGGAGGAUUACUUUACUCUCGAUGAUUUUAAAGCCAAUGAACAUAACGCCAGUAUGCAAAUUACUCCAAACAAUUACAUUCAAGUAUUGGAUAGUGAAAAUUAUGUAAUUGUUGGCUCUUCACAUAAUGUCAAGUGGUGGCUUCAAUUCACACAAACUUGCUAUGCCUGUCGAGAGGUUAUUCAAGUUCCUGAAGUGAUUCAGUUGGAUUGGAUAUCAUAUAUGCCUGCUGCAAAAGUUAAGGGAAUCAUUCAGAUUGAUGGUAGAAAUAUUUCCAUUGAUACAAUUGGUUAUCACGAUCAUAAUUAUGGUAGUUGGCCAGCCUCACUCUUUGAUUGGAUUUGGUCACAAUUUAAUCAUGCAGAGAGUGAUUUGGCUAUUGUGACUGGCUCUUACAAAUUGCCUCUCACUUCAGAAUCUGUUGGAUAUGCAUUCAUUCGAUUCAGAGGGAAGAGAAUUAAAAUUGGAACCUUGUGUGCAAAUUCAUUUGAGCUCAUUCCUCUCGAGUGGAAGAAUUUCAAUGGAAAGAUGUAUUGUGUUCGUGCACAAGUGAAAACUCACAACAAGGAUUGGAAACUUGAAAUGGAAUAUCGUGCUCAAGUAAGUGAUAGAAAUCCAGGAGAUAGAGGAUUGGGACUUUUCGUUUAUGAGCAAAUUUCACACUUUUCAGUUCAACUCUAUGAGAAAGUUUCGAAUGAAUGGAAAGUGGCAGCCAACGUGACUGGAUAUGGAUUUAGUGAAUGGACCGAUUUGAAAUAUUUUAAUAAGCCAUAA